AUGAUAGUCGCUCACGCUCCAAAAACUUAUUUCGGUUCAGGAGAUAUACAAAAAUCAUUGGGUUCUCUUCCUGGAUUUCCAUGGGCGAAAUAUCCCAGAGAAAAACAUCUUCCCGGUCAUAAUUACACUGGUCCAGGUACCAGUUUGGCAGCAAGGGGUAAUUCAUCUAAUCUACCAAUGAAUUUGAGAAAGAUCGAGGAUGUAGACAUUGCAAAAUACACCAAAGAUAAUUGGGAACCUUUAAGACACGAAUGGGAACCUUACGCUAAAAGAGAUACGUUAUGUCUCGGAGCUUGUUUGAUAAAAUACAAUCAAGCAAUGAAAGAAGUUGUAUUUCAGAAUAUUUCCAAUAAUCUAACGGCUCCUUCUUUAUCUUUAAAGGACAAAGUAUUAAAAGAGGAGGAGGCAAAUCGAAAAUCAUUUGAAACGAAUAAAAUGGAUGAAAUUUGUAAUAUAUUAAAGGAAUACACAGAAACAGCAAGUGAUAAUAUAAUAGAUUUAUUCAAAGAAUACAGCGCUAGCACGAAAGAUAAAGCGGAGGUUCAUUCGAGACUUAAAAAAAUAAAAUGUACUAAACUAAUGGCCUUUGAUGCUAACGGUUUGUACGCUUCCGCCAUGUCGGAUUUAGAUAGCGAAUAUCCGAGAGCAGAAAGUGGUAGACCAUUUCGACAAGAAGAAAAUAAAGAAUUUCUCAAGCUCUUUAACGAGCAGAAAUUCAGACCUAGAACUGCUAUUUUAAAAGUCUGGUUUGAAUAUCACAAAAACAUGUUCUUCCAACCCAUACCAGCUAAAGAUAAAAUCACUUUCACGAAUAGAAUAGGUAAAAAGGAAACUGGCACUAAAAUCAGGUUCAGAAAUGGUUUCUGUCACGACGUUUUAACAUCGGUCGAUAUUCAAGAAAAAGUGACAGCCGGUGGACGAAUUAUUAAAAUAUUAGAUGGUAUAGAUUACGAAGAAAAUUUUAAAACCCCACCCUAUAGAGAUUAUAUUUUAAUUUUGAGAGAUUUAAGAAAUAAAUAUAAACGAGAAGGUAAUAUCGUAGGUAGUAAUUGUAUGAAAUUAUUAGGUAAUUCGCUGUAUUCUAUUCAGAAGGAUAUAACUGCAUCGAGACAUCUAUGGAGUGAAGUGACUUUAAAAGCCAACUUCGAUUCACACGUUAUACACUAUGAAAAAGUAAAUGAUAGUCAAUAUAUAGUUGAGAUAAAUGAAGAAGAAAAAGAAUUUGACUGUACACCUCUUAAAUCUACACGACUAACACCUAGUCAUUUGGGAUCAUUCGUUUUAUCUCACAGUAAAAAUAUAAUAGAUAGUUUAUACAUUUCGUCUAGCAAUUGGGAUAAAUUAAAUGAAGGUGGGUUGGUGUCCGAAAAUGAUUAUUGUAAAGGAAAGAAUGAUUAA